AUGGACGUGGAUUUCAUCAUGGCCAAGCAGUUGAAGCAGAUGGAGAAGGAGUUGAGAGAGAAAGAUACCAAACUCAGGACCCAGGAGAAGAAGGCAAGUCUGCCACAACUCUACCCCACACCACCACCCUUGAUACCUCUGCUGGAGAAACACUACCAGCAGCAGAUCGUGGAGGACAAGGCAUUUCACGAGCAGCAGGAGGAGGAGCGGGUGUCCACGGAGGUCAGGGAGAGGAAGGAGAUGGAUGAGAACAGGGAGAGGAUGGGUCGCAUGGAGUCCAACCGCCGGGAAUUCCUGAAUGUGGUUCGGAAGGAACGCCAAGAGGCCCACAUGGUCAGAUUUUUCAAAGUGAAAAACCCACUAAACCCACUCAUUGAUACUUUGCGGGCAAGGCAGGAAGCACAGAAGGCCAGACAAGAGGAGGAGCGUCGACAGAGGCAGGAGGUGGACGAUGCCCAGAUGAUGACACAGCGACGGCGAGACGAAGAGAUCGAGGCAAAGCUUCGGCGUCGCGAGGAGGAGGCCCAGCGAGAUAGACAGCAGCCGAUGGGGGGAGAGGAGAGGGACUGGAGGUCCGACCAGCAGCAGCAGCAGCAGCAGGGUGGCUGGAGGAAAGAGGAACCAGAGAGACCACCGCCUCAGAGAUGGUGA